AUGCAAUUGCGAAAAAGCUUCCAAUACACCAAAAGAGCUACUAAUAGGGGCACAGUGUUACAACAACCGGAUUUUGAAAAGAAAUUUAUAAAAGAAACAGAUGUCUUCAAUGUAGGUAUCGGAGCAGUUCUAUGUCAAGAGUUUGAUGGAGAUAGUUUGCCGGUCGCAUUUGCUUCACGUAAAUUAGGAAGCGCAGAGCGCAAUUAUUCGAUAAGUGAAAAAAAAAUGCUAGCAGAACUGUGUGCAAUGGAGCAUUUCAAAUACUUUUUACUAGAAAGAGAAUUUAAAUUGAUAACAGACCAUAAAGCUCUUAAAGCGUUAGAUGACCGCGGAACACUGCGCUCAAAAAGAAUUGAACACUGGAUCGAAAGAAUUCAGCUCUUCAGUUUAAAAGUUGAAUGUAGACAAGGACGGAAAAUAACUCAUGUAGAUGGACUAAGCAGAAUAACUCAAACACAUCACAUUAACAUAAUUAAAGAUACUAUAGAAAAAGAAAAGAAAAAAGCAAUCUUAAACUUCUAUAAACAAAUAGUGCAUCGGGGUGCUAGAAUAAUCUGUGAGAAAUACAAUAAGGCACACAAAGAUCAAGUAUCGUAUCAACUAAUAAAAGAAGUAUUAAGUAAUUGUGUAGAAUGUAAAUUAUACAAUCUAAUUAAAGUUAAUAACUCACAUUAA